UCACGCUCGCUGUUGCUUAGUUUGACUUCCGCUACCAAUUCAGUAGAAUCUGUGGAUAACGAUAGCGGCAGUGCCAUGAAAAAGUUUCUUCUGCUAGUAUGUGUCCUCGCGACCGUUGGCAUAGUUAAUUGUAGUUUAGGCGUAUCAUAUACGAUUCCAACUUUAUCCCAAGUGAACUCAGCCCUCGGAACUGGUGCCAAACCGUUGACGACAGCGAUCGCGAACAUAAAGAUAGAUCCAGCUGCGGAUUCAAGUGGAGCAGUAACUGCCAUGCAGGCAAUAGGAACCGAUUUGAAUGUCCCCCUUAACACCCUGUUUACCGCAAUUCAAACUGCGUUAUCUGCAACUUGUUGUGAUCCAAGUACUGUGAUUGGCACUGUGCUAACAGCUUUAACGAAUGCAGGAACAGCUAUCACUUCUGCAACAACAGAUGCAACUGCUUUGCAAAAUGUGGUCAAGACUACCACCUACACGACACUAACCAGUGCCUUGUCUACUAUGACACAAGGAGUCACAGACAUGACUACUGCCUUUACUAACCUACAAACCUUGAUGGGGCAAGUUACGAGUGCAAGUCCUCCGUAUACAUCGUCGACCAUAUCACAAAUUGUUUCCGCGUCAGUUGUGGCAACAAUCACCGCACCAGUGCAAACUCUAGUCAGUGGAAUAGCAUCAACAAGUGCUAUAAUCACUUCCAUCAGUGCCGAUGUAAGAAACACAGUAUCUAUUAUUGCCAAAACAAAUACAGCAAUCAACGCAGGAACAGCCGCAUUGGUACAACCUUACGCAGCAUUUACGAAAGCUGUGAACGCAGCAACAUCAUCGGUUAGCACUAGCGCGUCCAAUUCUAUUGCCAGCAUUAGGGCAUCGUACAAUUCCAUUCUGACUAAGUCAGCUAACUACAAUGGUGGAAAUAUGGGCCCUCUGAAUACCUUUUUAUCUGGCUUCACGGCUCUUUACAUGAAUACAUUUAUGGCACUAUCAACGGCGACUUCAAAUGCUUUAACAGCUAUUCAAACUGCUCUAACCACACAGGAAACGGCCGUCACAACGGCAAUAACAGGUGAGGUUACCACCAUGACUACAGCCGCCAGGACAAGCACAAGUAACUUUGCCUCAACGUGUUUGUCUAAGUACUCUGCCAUGCUGCAGGGAUCUACCGUUUCGAUGCAACGCUUUUCAGCCUGCGUCACACCGGAAACCAGUAUCGCCUCGACGAUGGUGUCUACCGCGUCACAGGAGCUCAGCGGUAUGACUGCCGCUAUGAGUGCAUCAGCCGUCAAACUGAACCUCUGCACAGUCACGAACGGGCAAUGCAGCUCAGCGAUAUUCACCGGUUUCUCAGAUAUGGCGACCAAUGCGGCAAGCAUGUUCAGCGCAGUCUCGGCAAUUGUCAGUGCUUAUGAAACUUCGCUGACAACUCGAGUCACUACCUGCUUCACGAGUGUUGCCGGCGACAUCCAGGAUAUAGUAACAAAUAUUCAAACUAGCUUUACCACCUGCCUUACCACGGGUAGUUAAAAAGUGGACCCAUCCAAAUUGCUCACUAAGCAGGGUUAUCUAGGUUGACAGAAAAAUGUUUAUUUUAGAUCCCCGUUUACAGGUAGUUUGGCUUAAGCUUAGAAUGAUACUCAAUCGAUCAUAGUUGGUUGAAAAAUACAUUCGCUGAUAAACGCUACGCUGUGUCAAUAAAUUCACUGAAUGUUGAA